AUGAUUCCUGUACUCCAAUACACAAAAAAGCCAAGUACUACUGAUGAAUCUGGAGCUAUUUCGGAUGAUGACUCGCGUAAUUAUGACAAGGUCCUUGGCAAAAAAUCGGUACAUGAAACAAUCUAUUUUAGUUACCAAAAUGUGCUCUCACAGGCUGAUUUACCAAAUCAUAUUUUGACGUCGAAUGAAAAAAUUUAUAGAGUGCCUUUUAGAUUGUUGGGAGUUGCAGAGUAUUCAUUUAUUCUGUUGGUGGUUCUGACGAGAACAGGACUAACUGUGGUGAAUUUGUGUGUGCUCGAGGACAAAACUAUCAUCGAUUGCUACUCAGUGGCAUUCAACGCGGCAUCAUUCAUUUCGAUGAGCAAAUCAGCAGAUGUUGCCUCAAAGUUCAAUAACCUAAGAUACUUCAGUAUUCUAUUUAAAAAUAGAAUCGCCCUGAAAGGACGUUGUCUUGUAUUGAACAAGUAUAAGUUAUUGAAUAACAGUUUGGAAGGAAUGCCCGUGGAAAUUCUACUGAAAAUUAUCAAAUACCUAACGAUUGACGAUCAGGAGAAGGUUGCCAGUCUCUCAUCAACAUUGUAUUCGAAAACUACGAGCUUUUUAUGAUGCAUUUGGAUCACACUCAAAAACACAGAAUUAAAACAAUAUCAGUUUAGAUAAGGAAGUUUUUAGAGCAUAAAUAAUAGGCUACAGUAUAUCAGAAAAAAAUAAAAGCACCCUUUAUUAAAAACUUUUAUUCACAACAUGUGCCAUUUUCAAGUGAAUGAAUUUUCUCUCUUUCAUAGAAUACGCACUCACUAGAAAAUGUCACUCAAAUAUUGAAACAUGUUGUGAAUAAAUGUUUUUAAUAAAGGGUAAUUCGAUUUUCAUUUCGUGAUAAAAAGAGUAGCCCUCACCAAAAAGAUAAUAAUACAGUAUUAUAUUCUUAUGAUGCAUUGGCUUGAAAUGGCUUGUUUGAUCCAUUUUCUGGUUCUAGAGAAAAAGGUUGCUGGGAUGAGAUUGUCUAGCAGUUUAGCCUAUUUUCCAAUACAUCGCUUACAGAAAAAUCCUAUUUGGUUUAUCAUUAUUUUAUAAUAGUUGGGAAUUUAAAGACAGUUCGAGAUAUGUAUUGAGUACUUUCUUUGCAAUUGUAAACAAAGCGUUUUUCCGACGAUGAAUUUGUAAUAUCUGUUUGAAAAUAACAAUGUAACUUGGCAGGUACUUACCAAAAUUCUUGGUAGUACAGUGUGUUAUCAAUAGUUCAGUCAUAAGUUAUAGUGACAAUUAAUAGUUAUCCAAUUAUUGUAUAUUAGGAUUCCUAAAGUACGUACAAACCGUACAUAUUUUCUAGUAAUUCAUUGCCGACUAAUAAUUGAGAAUUUAUAAUUUUUAUAGAAAACGAGGUGUCUAAUCUGUAGUCCUGAAUAAAAUCUAAAAGAUUUCAAAUAUUUA